UUGUAGGUGGGAUUUAGGAAGGAAAAGAAAAAAUACAAGAUGACAAUGUUUCAUCGUGCACUUCCGGAGUUUCAAGUGUCUCUGAGUGGAGAUCGGGAAGGACAGUCAAUAGAAGAGACUACACGGUGUGUCUGUGGGUUUCAGGAUGUUCAGAGUGAAGAAAUAGACUCUGGAAGUUUGUAUAUACAGUGUGAUCAUUGUUUGGUGUGGCAGCAUGGGUUUUGUGUGGGUUUUACGGAUGAAAAAGAGAUUCCAGAUAUUUAUUAUUGUGAAAUAUGUCGUCCUGAUUUGCAUCAUAUCAUAUAUAAACAGAAAGCGUAGUCCUCCAUCUUCAAAGUAUCACCCGUUAGCGGAACAUAUGCAACCAGUUUCAAGAUUGCGUUGUUUUUCUUCUAAAAAGCAGUGGAUCAUGAAUUCUAAGGGUACUACGUAUGAGACGCAAUUGCCUACGUUUCUGGGAAAAGCAAUUGAAAAAGCUCCUUCAGAGCCAAUUGCAAGUGUUGAAAAAGAGCCACUAAGAAAGGGGAAAAGACGAAGAAACUCUGAUCUUCCUGAAUUAUCUAUCAAUUAUGAAACAAAACGGAUUCGAGCAUUGUCAGUUUCUCCGAAAGCUUUAUUAGAUACCCAAUGUAGUGAUAUGGGGGAAGAGCAAUCUACUACCUCUGUGAAAAAACGAAAGAAAGAAACAAAUACAGGAAUUGAUACACGUAAUGUUUCUGCAAAAGGGCGUCAAAAUGAAAAAAGUAAAGGAAAAACUAACGAAAAAAAGACUAAAAGUAUAGAUGAUAAUUCGGAUCUUAUAACAAAUUCUUCUAAAUCAAAGCAAAUAUCAUCAAAAACAAAUACCCAGAAUAAUAUGAAUCGUCUUACUGAAACUGAUCAGAAACCUCGUUCUAAAGCAAAACCAAAAAAGGUAUUAUCUAAUGUACGAUAUCAGCAUGAUACUCGUCAUACACUAUUUCAAAAAGAUUCUGAACAAACUUUUCCAAAUGUAUUAAAUAUUAUUGAUAAGCCUUCUCGUCCUCGGAUUCCUCAAGCAAAGAUAACUAUGACAGAAAUGAAAAAACGUGUAGCUGCUAUUCUCGAAUAUAUAGGCCGAACACAAUUAGAAAUGGCAUCUGAUCAAGAACAUAGGAAAAGGCUAUUUAUUCCAUUAUUACAAAAAAUAGAUAAAGAAAUUACAGAUAAAAAAGAAAAUCUUUUAGGAAAUUUAGAUAAGAAAAAAACAAUAAAUAUAUCUCAAGAUAAAAAUAAUAUAAUCGAAAACUCUUCAGAUGCAAAUAGUGAUAUGUUUCAUUAUAAUUUUGAUAGUUUUGAGAUGAUGGAUAACUUAACUAAACAAUUGCUAGAAUGGGAAGAAAAAUUCGGGAGUUAUAAAGACAAAAAUUCAUAAAAAAUAUUUUUGAAUAUCAAAAUAUGUAUUAUACAAAAUGUCUGGUUUUAUUAG